GCCGGCGCCGGCGGCGGCGACAGCGGCAGCUGCGGCGCGACCAGGCCGGCAGCGUCGAGCACACCGAGAGCUCGAGGUCCGCGCAGCCCUGCGUAGCCAUGGAGCCCCGCGCGGACUCAUUCCAUGAUGUCCUUGUCGGUGCGGCCGCAGCGCCGCCUGCUCAGCGCCCGGGUCAGUAGGAGCCAGUCCUUCGCAGGCGUCCUCGGCAGCCACGAGCGGGGGCCCAGGAGUUUACCGGUCUUCAGCCCGCCAGGGCCCCCACGGAAGCCCCCAGCGCUCUCCCGAGUGUCCAAGAUGUUUUCCGUGGCUCACCCAGCCUCCAAGGUGCCGCAGCCCGAGCGGCUGGACCUGGUGUAUGCUGCACUUAAGCAGGGCCUGACGGCCUACUUGGAAGUGCACCAACAGGAGCAGGAGAAACUCCAGGUGCAGAUAAGGGAGUCCAAAAGGAAUUCCCGCCUGGGCUUCCUGUAUGACUUGGACAAGCAAGUCAAGUCCAUUGACCGUUUCCUGCGACGACUGGAGUUCCAUGCCAGCAAGAUCGACGAGCUGUAUGAGGCAUACUGUGUCCAGCGGCGUCUCCGAGAUGGUGCCUACAACAUGGUCCGAGCCUAUAGCACUGGGUCCCCAGGGAGCCGAGAGGCCCGGGACAGCUUGGCCGAGGCCACCCGGGGGCAUCGCGAGUACACAGAGAGCAUGUGUCUGCUGGAAAGUGAGCUGGAGGCACAACUGGGCGAGUUUCAUCUUCGAAUGAAAGGACUGGCCGGCUUCGCCAGGCUGUGUGUGGGCGAUCAGUAUGAGAUCUGUAUGAAAUAUGGGCGCCAGCGCUGGAAACUACGGGGCCGCAUUGAGGGUAGUGGGAAGCAGGUGUGGGACAGUGAAGAAACCGUCUUUCUUCCUCUGCUCACGGAAUUCCUGUCCAUCAAGGUGACAGAACUGAAGGGCCUGACCAACCAUGUGGUUGUGGGCAGUGUCUCCUGCGAGACCAAGGACCUGUUCGCUGCCCUGCCCCAGGUUGUGGCCGUGGACAUCAAUGACCUAGGCACCAUCAAGCUUAGCCUGGAAGUCACAUGGAGCCCCUUCGACAAGGAUGACCAGCCUUCGGCUGCUUCUACUGUCAACAAGGCCUCCACAGUCACCAAGCGCUUCUCCACCUACAGCCAGAGCCCACCAGACACACCCUCGCUUCGAGAGCAGGCCUUCUAUAACAUGCUGCGGCGGCAGGAGGAGCUGGAGAAUGGCACAGCAUGGUCCCUGUCUUCCGAAUCUUCGGACGACUCAUCUAGCCCACAGCUCUCAGGCACUGCCCGCCACUCGUCAGCCCCCAGGCCUCUGGUGCAGCAGCCUGAGCCCCUGCCCAUCCAAGUUGCCUUCCGUAGGCCUGAGAUGCCCAGCUCUAGGCCCUUGGAUGAGGAAGGCGCCAUGGCCCCAACCCUGGCAAAUGGGCAUGCGCCCUACAGCCGGACUCUGAGCCACAUCAGUGAGGCCAGUGUGGACGCUGCCUUGGCUGAGGCUUCAGUGGAGGCUGUAGGCACAGAAAGCCUAGUGCGGGGACCAGAUCCCACCCUUGGGCAGCACCCCAGUCCUGUUCCUCCUGCCCUAGACCCUGGCCAUUCUGCCACAAGCCCUACCCUUGGUACAACAGGCCCUGCCUCCAAAUCUACAGACCCUGCCCAAUCUACACUCACAGACUCAGUUCAGAAGGCCACAGACUCUGGCCCUUCGGAACUGCCAGGCCCCACCCACACCACUACAAACUCCACCUAUAGUGCCAUAAGCCCUACCCAUAGUGCGCCAGGUCUCACUCACACUACUACUGGCCCCAUCCACAAGCCCAUGAUCUCUACCCUCACUACUACAGUCCCUAUCCCUACUGUCACAAGCCCAGUCCAGACCACCGCAAGCCCCACCCAUACCACUGCAACCCCGACUCACACUACUGUAAGCCCCACCCACACCACCACAAGCCCCACCUAUACCACUGCAAGCCCCACCCAUACUACCACAAGCCCCACCUAUAUCACUGCAAGCCCCACCCAUACUACUGUAAGCCCCCCCAACACCACUGCAAGUCCCGCUCACACUACUGUAAUCCCUGCCCAUACCACUGCAGGCGCUACCCACACUACCACAAGCCCUACCCACAAAGUCAGGAUGUCAGCUCAGACCAGUGCAAGUCCUACCCCUGAUGCUACAGGCCUAGUCCAGACCACCGCAAGCCCCACCCACCCUGUUGCAAGCCCCAUCCUUACAACUGCAAGCCCUUCCACUUCUCUAGACCUUGCUACCCUCCCCAGCCCCUCUGUACACUCAGACCCCACCCUCCCAGGCACCAAACUCCUGCCCUGUAGCCCCCCAGCCUCUACUCCCUGCAUUCAGCCAGAUCCCAGAGCCCCCAGCACCUCCUACCCAAGUCCUACCCGUUCCAGUUGGAAACACCUCACAAGCCCUGCCCCAGACCUUCCAGAGCCCAUCGUUCAGAGGCUAACUCCGCCUCCCUCCCCUGUAGCCCCUGCACCCCAGCAUUCAGACCUCACCCUGGCUAUGGCUGCCCAGGCCCCAGUCCCAGGGGCAGUUGGAGGGGCUGGGGACAGGAGGCUGGAGGAGGCACUGGGGGCCCUGACGGCCGCUCUGGAUGACUAUCGUGGCCAGUUCCCUGAACUGCAGGGCCUGGAGCAAGAGGUGACCCGGCUGGAGAGUCUGCUCAUGCAGAGACAAGGCCUGACUCGCAGCCGGGCCUCCAGUCUUAGCAUCGCUGUGGAGCAUGCCUUGGAGAGCUUCAGCUUCCUCAAUGAAGAUGAAGAUGAAGAUAAUGAUGGUCCUGGAGACAGGCCCCCAAGCAGCCCAGAGGCUGGGGCAGAGGACAGCCUAGACUCACCCAGUGCCCGCCCGCUCAGCACGGGGUGUCCAGCUCUGGACGUUGCCCUGGUCCAGCACCUGUACCACUGCAGUCGCCUCCUGCUGAAACUAGGCACAUUUGGGCCCCUGCGCUGCCAGGAGGCAUGGGCCCUGGAGCGGCUGCUUCGGGAAGCCCGAGUGCUUGAGGCAGUGUGCGAGCUCAGCAGGCUAUGGGAGAUCCCUGUCACCUCUGCCCAGGAAGUGGUGCAGUUCUCGGCCUCUCGGCCCGGCUUCCUGACCUUCUGGGACCAGUGCACAGAGGGACUCAGCCCCUUCCUCUGCCCCGUGGAGCGGGUACUUCUCACCUUCUGCAACCAGUACGGUGCCCGUCUAUCCCUGCGCCAGCCAGGCUUAGCCGAGGCUGUGUGUGUGAAGCUCCUGGAGGAUGCCCUGGGGCAGAAGCUUCCCAGGAGGCCUCAGCCAGGCCCUGGAGAGCACCUCACCAUCUUCCAGUUCUGGAGUUACGUCGAAACCUUGGACAGCCCCUCCAUGGAGGCCUAUGUGACCGAGACUGCUGAGGAGGUGCUACUGGUGCGAAAUCUGAACUCGGAUGACCAGGCUGUCGUGCUGAAGGCCCUGAGGUUGGCACCCGAGGGGCGGCUGCGAAGGGAUGGCCUUCGGGCCCUCAGCUCCCUGCUCGUCCAUGGCAACAACAAGGUCAUGGCUGCUGUCAGCACCCAGCUCCGAAGCCUGUCACUGGGCCCUGCCUUCCGGGAGAGGGCCCUCCUGUGCUUCCUGGACCAGCUUGAGGAUGAGGAUGUGCAGACUCGAGUGGCUGGCUGCCUGGCCCUGGGCUGCAUCAAGGCUCCAGAGGGCAUUGAGCCCCUGGUGUACCUGUGCCAAACGGACACAGAAGCGGUGAGGGAGGCUGCCCGGCAGAGCCUACAACAGUGUGGUGAAGAGGGACAGUCUGCCCAUCGACGUCUGGAGGAGUCACUGGAUGCCCUACCCCGCAUCUUUGGGCCCGGCAGCAUGGCCAGCACAGCAUUCUAAGCCGUCCGCCCACCGGCUCCCAGCGCCCCUUCCCCCCACUUUCAGGGCUCACCAGGCGCUGGCAGGGAGGGUGAGGGCUGGCUCCAGACACCCCUCCCCCCCAGAUUCCUAUCAAUGAAAAUCUAAUAUAUUCUUCUGUUGCCCCUGGGGUCGGCAGUCAGUGCCUGCAGUCAAGUGCCUCCCAGCCUGGCUCAGCACAUCCCUUGUCACAGAUCAGUGUCUGGGGCCCAGCCACCCUGCCUCCACCCCACCACAUCUUUUGGUUUUGUAUUUUAUUUACAGAGUUUUACAGAAUAUAAAAAAAACAAAUUGCCUUUCCUA